CUGUGAGAUAAAGGUAGCUGAGUAGGGGGACGUGGAAGAAGCGGAGUUAAACCAGAAAGAAAUAUUACAAGACAGUAAAUUGUGGACAUUUACUUGAGUUUUUAUAUAUAUAUAUGUAUAUAUUUUAUUUGUUGCAAUUUUGUAGUACUGCCUGGGUCGUUCUGGAUUUCUUGAGAAGUUAACCAUCUGCAGGCAUUGAACUGUGAUCUAGGAACCUGGAGAUUCUAUUCCCGUACAUGUGUGCCAUUAGUUGCAACUUCACCCAGCUUUGUACACUUCAUCACCCCUCCUAGCAUGUCAACAAGACGACAAGAUAACACCAGAGAUUUUCAGUAACUGUAAACAGGCCUUAAGUGCUGAAACAGCUGAAUGAGGUGACUAAUAAAAGAAAGGAAAAUGUCUUAACCUGUGAUUCCUCCCGACACCCCAUCCUGUUCACAUUCUGAUGUGACUCGCAGAGAACACCUAGUAGUAGGACGUUCCAGCAAGUUGGCAGCACGCAAGACAUGAGUUUACAGACGCACCAGCAGAUGGGCUCCGACAGAGACCUGCAAUCUGUCGCCUCGUCAAUCAGCCUGCCUUCAGUCAAGAAGGCGCCAAAGAAACGACGCCUUUCACUGGGCUCGCUGUUCCGCCGGAAAAAGGACACCAAGAGCAAGUCACGGGACCUGAACUUAGGAGUGGACGGCAUUGCCAGCGUCGAGAGCAUCCACUCGGAAAUGUGCAAUGACAAGAACUCUGCCUUCUCCACGGCUGGAGCCGCUUCCAUGAGCGGAGCUGGCAUCGCCCUGGCAGGCGUCCCCACCUCCUCCAUAUCAUCAUCCUCUUCCUCCUCCCACAGCAAGCCGAGCGGGGACUUCCUGGAGUGCCCGCUGUGCCUUUUGAGACACUCUCGAGACCGAUUUCCUGAGAUCAUGACCUGUCACCACCGGUCGUGUGCCGACUGCCUGAGACAGUACCUGCGCAUCGAGAUCUCGGAGAGCAGGGUGAACAUCAGCUGCCCGGAGUGCUCGGAGCGCUUCAACCCCCAUGAUAUCCGCUUGAUCCUUAACGACGACUUGCUCAUGGAGAAGUACGAGGAGUUCAUGCUGCGUCGGUGGCUGGUGGCCGACCCAGACUGCAGGUGGUGUCCUGCGCCGGACUGCGGGUAUGCAGUGAUAGCAUUUGGCUGUGCCAGCUGUCCAAAAAUUACUUGUGGCCGUGAAGGGUGUGGUACAGAGUUCUGCUACCACUGUAAACAGAUCUGGCAUCCUAAUCAGACCUGUGACGCUGCUCGUCAGCAGAGGGCACAGAGCCUACGCCUGAGGACAAUCCGUUCUUCAUCUCUCAGUUACAGCCAGGAGUCUGGCACAGCAGCUGAUGAUAUUAAGCCUUGUCCAAGAUGUGCUGCUUAUAUAAUCAAGAUGAAUGAUGGAAGCUGCAAUCAUAUGACAUGCGCAGUGUGUGGCUGUGAGUUCUGCUGGCUCUGUAUGAAAGAGAUCUCUGACUUGCACUAUUUAAGCCCUUCAGGAUGUACAUUUUGGGGCAAGAAGCCUUGGAGUAGGAAGAAGAAGAUUCUGUGGCAACUGGGUACUCUGGUGGGGGCCCCUGUUGGGAUUGCAUUGAUCGCAGGGAUAGCUGUUCCAGCCAUGAUCAUCGGCAUCCCUGUGUACGUGGGAAGAAAGAUUCACAACCGGUAUGAAGGAAAGGAUAUUUCAAAACACAAGAGGAAUCUGGCAAUUGCUGGUGGCGUCACUUUGUCUGUAAUAGUUUCUCCAGUGGUUGCGGCAGUAACUGUAGGAAUUGGAGUACCCAUCAUGCUGGCCUAUGUCUAUGGAGUUGUUCCCAUUUCCCUGUGCCGCAGUGGAGGCUGCGGGGUUUCAGCAGGCAACGGGAAAGGAGUGCGGAUCGAAUUCGAUGACGAAAAUGACGUCCAUGUGGGAGGUGGAAAUGCUGCCACUGAUGCUACGUCUGUAGCAGAAGCCCAUAACAACCCCAGUAUUGGCGAAGGCAGUGUUGGAGGGAUGACUGGGAGCCUGAGUGCCAGCGGCAGCCACUUGGACCGCAUUGGAGCAAUACGGGAUAACCUGAGUGAAACUGCCAGCACUAUGGCACUGGCUGGGGCCAGCAUCACAGGCAGCCUUUCUGGAAGUGCCAUGGUCAACUGCUUUAACAGGCUGGAGGUGCAGGCGGAUAUACAGAAAGAACGCUACAGUCUGAGUGGUGAAUCAGGCACAGUUAGUCUGGGGACAAUCAGUGACAAUGCAAGUACCAAGGCAAUGGCUGGAUCCAUUCUCAACUCCUACAAUCCUGUGGACAGAGAUGGAAACAGUAUGGAAGUGCAAGUGGACAUUGAAUCAAAGCCUGUCAAAUUCCGACACCACAGUGGGAGCAGCAGUGUGGAUGAUGGCAGCAAUUUGGGCCGUAGCAAUGCUGUUUGCACCUCCUCUUGCCUGCUGGAAAAUAAGUGCAGUGCCACCAAGUGGUCAAACGAUACAACUGCGGUGAAGAAAUGCAAAGGCAAGCUACGAAAAAAGGGCAGUACAAAGAUAAAUGAGACCAGAGAAGAAAUGGAUGCUCAGCUUCUCGAACAGCAGAGCACCAACUCGAGUGAAUUUGACACUCCUUCCCUGAGCGACAGCAUUCCCUCCGUAGCAGAUUCACACUCCAGCCACUUCUCAGAGUUCAGCUGCUCUGAUAUGGAGAGUAUGAAAACUUCCUGUAGCCACGGUUCCAGUGAGUACCACACCCGCUUUGCCACAGUCGGUCCCCUUCCUGAGGUGGAGAAUGAUCGUUUGGAAAACUGCCCCAUUCCUGUAUCCACUGCGCCAGUACAGAGUUCAGAGGUCACACAGUUAGGCUAUAUAGCGGAGGAGAACAUCAGCAUUGGGAACUCAACCGAUGUGAACUUUGAAUCAGGGGAAUCUUUAAAGGAAACCAAUAACAACCAUCACCAGCCACCUGGUGCAGUGAAGAACACAUGUAUUCAGACUGAAAUAUAAUACCUUAAGUGCUGCAAGUACUGUUCUAUUUGAACUUGUCAUUCACUUUCCCAGCAAACAAGAGGUUAUUCACAUGAUGACAGGUCAUUUCUGAAAGUUAGAUUCAAUCUAAAUGUCUAGGUAACAGGGUAGCAUACUAUAUUGAUCAAGGUUCUAAUGGCAAAUUUCUAAUGACAGCAAAAGUGAUGCAGGAUUGAAAAAAUAGUUAAGAUGUGUACUGUUUUUUUCAAACAGCAUUAAAACAUUACAUCCCAUUGCCACUGCAAGAAUAGUAAAGUAACCACUGUCACUCUGGGGAGUGACCAACCUGGUUACCUGUCCCCCUUUUCUCUUCUUGUUUAAUUUUUAGUUGUAGACCUUAAUGUGGUUUAGCAUUCUGUUUUGUGGUUUGAUAAGACAACCACUGUGCCACUUUAUAUAUGUCCAGUCAAACUCAUGCAGAAGCCCAAAUAGGUCUAGGUUGAUAGGGAACAGGCAGUUUGUAAGGAGUCUGGAUUCAAAUCCCAUAUUUAUGAAACUGGUUAAAAGGUGUCAUUUUUUUGUAAAGAGUGUGUACUACAAGUUGUAACUCACUUGUAGUAGGUUGCUGGACCCUUUUAAUUGUAACGAAACUGUAUACUAUUAAUUGAUUCGAUGGCCUUUUUUUUUUUUUUUUUCAGCAGACCUCGCAUAUUUUAAGAUUGACUUUUUCUCUUUGUCAACUCAUGGUGCCUUUUGAAAACCUUUUUUUUCUUUUUUUUCCUAUUCAUGUCUUCAAAAGUUAAAUGUUUAGCAAUGUCUUUCUAGCCAUGGUAAGAAAGAGAUGCUAUAGUUAGUUAUGUACUGUGGUAGACCUAAUGUAUACAUUUACUUUUAAUUGCCUACCAAAGACAGCGCUCAGGCUUUAGAUGACCCUUUUAACAUAACGCUUGCUGUAAAAAGUCUAUUUUAUAACACUUGCCCAGCUGUGGGAUAUUGUAGACUAAAAGCACAGUGCAGUGGCUGCACAAACCUUACUUGGGGAUCACAUGAGAAUGAGAAAUAAAUAUUCAGAUGGCUGUUUUGUAAAUGCUUAAUGAUACUAACCCAAAUAAUACAAGCCAGGCACCUGCACUGUUAAUUUCACUACAUUAAUGUAUUGUAUUGUAUUGCAUUGCAAAAUCAUGUUGGGGGUACACUUUUUUUUUAUUUUUAUUAAAACAUUUAAUUUAGUGUG